UUCUACCUUUCCUUUGACCCCCACUCGUUCACCAUUUUUCAUCACUGUGUUUCUCUCUGCAUUUUCUUCUGCAGAAAAUACCAUCAACGUUUCGACACGAAGAGAGACAUAGAUUCUUAUCAUGGGCAAUUACAAGUUUAGGUUAUCAGACAUGAUACCCAAUGUCUGGUUUAACAAGCUGAAAGACAUGGGCAGAAGCAGAAGAAACCACACCAGUAGCAGCGGCGGCCGCUGUAAUGAUAAUACCAGGAGAAAACAAAACCCUGAGCAACCCCACCGUUUUUGUCCAAGAAAGUCGUAUCAUUUCACCAGGGAGCUUAUCCCCGGUGGUGAUUUCGAGACCAAAUCUUCGAAACAACUUGCCGGGAAAAUAAAUCCAAGAAAAUCAACUUCCGAUGAUUGCUCUAAUCUGCAGAAAGAAUUCAGGUCUGACUGCAUUCUCACUACUGAAUUUAGCUGUAAACUCGUGAGCUCCGAAGCCGAUGAGCUCAAACUUGAACUCCCUCCGAUCAAGUGUCAUCGGAGCUCGGCCAAGGUGAAAGAGACAAUUAAGAAGAACAAUAGUGGUGUAAAGAAAUUCACCGUGAAUUCUCCCGGUGUGAAGCUUAGGGUAAACUCUCCGAGAAUAGUAAGCAGAAGGAUUCACGGUCGGCGAAGGGCGGCGUCGUCGUCGUCGUCGAGUUCGAGUCUUUCGGGUAGCUUCGCGGUGGUGAAGUCGUCGUCGGAUCCUCAGAAGGACUUCAGGGAAUCAAUGGUGGAGAUGAUCAUGGAGAACAACAUAAGAACAUCAAAGGACUUAGAGGAUUUGCUUGCCUGUUAUCUUUCCCUCAAUUCUAACGAAUACCAUGAUGUUAUUGUCAAGGUUUUCAAGCAAAUCUGGUUUGAUUUCUGUGAUGUCCGAAUGACAUGA